CCCCUCCCCGGCGCGGGGUCCAGAGGAGCGCGGGAGGGCAGGCAGCGCGACUCGGCGGCCCGCCCCGUGACGUCCCACCCGCGGCGUCCCCUCCCCCCUCCCGCUGCGGGAAAAGUGGCCGCGGGCGCCGCCGCUCACUGUGGGGCGGGCGGGCGCCGCGGCGGCGGACGAGAUGCGGGCGCGGCCGCUGUGGGCAGCGGUGCUGGUGCUGGGGGCGCUGGCGGGCGGCGGCGGCGGAGUGUCCAACAUCUGUACCACACGAGGCGUCCGCUCCUGCCAGGAGUGCCUGGCUGUGAGUCCUGUGUGUGCCUGGUGCUCAGAUGAGGCCCUGCCUCUGGGCACUCCCCGCUGUAACCUGAAGGAGAAUCUGCUGAAAGAUAACUGUGCCCAGGAGUCCAUCGAGUUCCCCAUCAGUGAGGUCCACAUCCUGGAGGCCAGGCCGCUCAGUGACAAGGGCUCUGGAGACAGCUCCCAGAUUACUCAAGUCAGCCCUCAGAGGAUUUCUCUCCGGCUACGGCCAGAUGAUUCAAAGAAUUUCUCCAUCCAAGUCCGGCAAGUGGAGGAUUACCCUGUGGACAUCUACUACUUGAUGGACCUGUCUUUCUCCAUGAAGGAUGAUCUGUCAAGCAUCCAGAACCUAGGCACCAAGCUGGCCUCCCAGAUGCACAAGCUCACCAGUAACUUGCGGAUUGGCUUCGGGGCUUUCGUGGACAAGCCCGUGUCACCAUACAUGUUCAUCUCUCCACCAGAGGCUCUCAAAAACCCCUGCUAUGACAUGAAGACCACCUGUUUGCCUAUGUUUGGCUACAAACAUGUGUUGACGCUGACUGACCAGGUCACCCGCUUCAAUGAGGAGGUGAAGAAGCAGAGUGUGUCACGGAACCGAGAUGCCCCAGAGGGUGGCUUUGAUGCCAUCAUGCAGGCUACAGUCUGUGACGAGAAGAUUGGCUGGAGGAAUGAUGCAUCCCACUUGCUGGUGUUUACCACUGAUGCCAAGACCCAUAUAGCGUUGGAUGGAAGGCUGGCAGGCAUUGUCCAGCCCAACGAUGGGCAGUGUCACAUUGGCAGUGACAACCACUACUCUGCCUCCACUACCAUGGAUUAUCCCUCUCUGGGGCUGAUGACCGAGAAGCUAUCCCAGAAAAACAUCAAUUUGAUCUUUGCAGUAACUGCCAGUGUAGUCAAUCUCUACCAGAACUACAGCGAGCUCAUCCCAGGGACCACAGUGGGGAUUCUGUCUACCGACUCCAGCAAUGUCCUUCAGCUCAUUGUUGAUGCUUAUGGCAAAAUCCGCUCUAAAGUAGAGCUGGAAGUGCGUGACCUCCCUGAGGAGUUGUCUCUGUCCUUCAACGCCACCUGUCUCAACAACGAGGUCAUCCCAGGCCUCAAGUCUUGUGUCGGACUCAAGAUUGGAGACACGGUGAGCUUCAGCAUUGAGGCCAAGGUGCGUGGCUGUCCCCAGGAGAAGGAGAAGUCCUUCACCAUCAAGCCUGUGGGCUUCAAAGACAGCCUCACGGUCCAGGUCACCUUCGACUGUGACUGUGCAUGCCAGGCCCACGCCGAGCCUUCCAGCCCCCGCUGCAACAAUGGCAACGGGACCUUUGAAUGCGGGGUGUGCCUCUGCGGGCCCGGCUGGCUGGGGUCCCAGUGCGAGUGCUCGGAAGAGGACUACCGGCCCUCCCAGCAGGACGAGUGCAGCCCCCAGGAGGGCCAGCCCGCCUGCAGCCAGCGCGGCGAAUGCCUGUGUGGCCAGUGCGUCUGCCACAGCAGUGACUUCGGCAAGAUCACGGGCAAGUACUGCGAGUGUGAUGACUUCUCCUGCGUCCGCUACAAGGGGGAGAUGUGCUCAGGCCACGGCCAGUGCAGCUGUGGGGACUGCCUGUGUGACUCGGACUGGACCGGCUACUACUGCAACUGCACCACGCGCACAGACACCUGCAUGUCCAGCAACGGGCUGCUGUGCAGCGGCCGGGGCAAGUGUGAGUGCGGCAGCUGCGUGUGCAUCCAGCCGGGCUCCUACGGGGACACCUGCGAAAAGUGCCCCACCUGCCCUGACGCCUGCACCUUUAAGAAGGAGUGUGUGGAGUGUAAGAAGUUUGACCGAGGAGCCCUCCAUGAGGACAACACCUGCAGCCGGUACUGUCGUGAUGAGAUCGAGUCUGUGAAGGAGCUUAAGGAUACUGGCAAGGAUGCAGUGAAUUGUACAUACAAGAAUGAGGAUGACUGUGUCGUCAGAUUCCAGUACUACGAAGACUCAAGUGGAAAAUCCAUUCUCUAUGUGGUAGAAGAGCCAGAGUGUCCCAAGGGUCCUGACAUCCUGGUGGUCCUGCUUUCAGUGAUGGGGGCCAUUUUGCUCAUCGGCCUUGCUACUCUGCUCAUCUGGAAGCUCCUCAUCACCAUCCAUGACCGGAAGGAGUUUGCUAAAUUUGAAGAAGAGCGAGCCAGAGCAAAAUGGGACACAGCCAACAACCCACUGUACAAAGAGGCCACAUCCACCUUCACCAACAUCACCUACCGGGGCACUUAAUGACAAGGAGUCAUCCUCAGAUCACUAUCAGGCUGUCCCAGAACUGUGGACAUCUCUGCCGUCAUGUUUACAGGGAACAAUAUCUUUGGGGCGGGAUGGAGAACUGGGUAUGGGGUGGGUCAGAAGAACGUCAGUCAGUGGAGGCGUGGGUCUCUGUGCAUGUGUUACGUGUGAGUGUGCUGCGUGUGGGGGAGUGUGUUAUUUAAAACUUGUGGUGUGUCCCAGGUAAGCGGAGCGCCUCAGCCUUCAUCCACAGAAUGCCUCCUUCAGGGAUUCUUCCUGCUUAACCUGAGGGUGACUGACACAGCUGAGCAGGUGUUCUACAUGACCUCAGUGAGAAGCCAGCUUUCCUCUUCAGGCCAUUUUUUCCUGAGGAGGAGGGCAGAGCUGAGCCUCUCAUUCCAGAGGAAGGGGUCUUGACUCCACUCUGAGUUCAUGGUUCCUGGGCCUGACGCUCAGCAGCUCUGACAGCAACUGCUUGGCUUGGAAGCCUUGUUGUGUCAUCCGGACCUUUAUCUCCUUUCCCUUCCCUCAAGCUGAAGGAGAAAUUGAGCACAAGCUGAACCCUCAGAGUUGCCUGUGCCUUUUGCCAUCACCUCAAUCCAGUAUGGUUCUCUCAUGAGGGGAGUUCUUGCCAGCAGUUCUAUGGGGAGUGAGGUUGGUAGGGCCACUCAGGGGUCAUGCAUGGCCUGGAUGAAUGUGCCAGGGUCCCCCAGUUCAUCAUCAUCACCCUUCAGAUGGGUCUCAUAGGCAGCUCCGCCCUGGAAGUUCCUUUAGAAGAAGUGUGUCACCCUUAGAACAGCAUCACUUCUCUACCUUCGACUUCCACACUCUCACUGCUGUAGACAUUUGUUACUUACUGGGGAUUUCUUUCCUGAUCAAACACUUUUCCUUGGGAGGGGGGCAGUGCUGUGAUUAGAGCCAGAGGUCUGGCCCCUCCCUUCAGGCCCUCUGUCCCUCCUCCAAGACACCUCUACACAACAGACCUGGUGCUUCUGUGUGCUGCGUCCAUCCAUGUGGCUGAUUGCGUUUAUCUACCUCUUGGCUGUCCUUGGGGGAAGGAAUUGUUCCCAUGGGUCUCUGAGUCUGCUGAGCACAAGUUCCACGUUUGAAAUGCUGGGCCAGUUGUAUCAGCAUGUGUGGCCUGUCCUCCUGUGGGCUGGGCAACCUCAUUUUAGCUCAGCCUUUAAUCUGAGAGGCCACAAGUGCAGUUUUAUUUUAUUUUUCUCAUUGGGUCACCUGAAAUCAUGAUGAGGCUUGCUUAAUCUAAAGGAAUACGUAUAGAACCACACUUGCAUUGUAUCUGUAAUUUUAUUUGGUGGUGAGGAAGGAGAGUGUUUAAAAAAAAAAAAAAACAACCUACACAGACUUGGCCUGGAUACAGGCCCUCCCACUUGGCAUCAUUCAUAGGAAGUUGCUGCCCUGUUGCUGGGUCUGUAAGGGCUCUCUCAUCCUGGAAGCUUGUGGGGUUGGGCCCGUGGGCAUGCUGGGCCUUCUCUGAGGAGGUAGGAUACAGGCUUUUCUUUUUUUCCUCGCCAAAGCUGUUGCUCCACUGGUGUUCACCUUAGUCUAACAUUAACAACCACCCUUAUCCCCAUUCAUCAAGAAAAAGGGAAGGACCUAUAGACAGUGGUCUGAUGAUCAGAAAAUCUAAGUCCUAGCCUCAGUGUUGCAUCUAAGGAAUCUUUAACCUUAAUUAAGGCAAGCCUCUUUCUUCUCCCUGGGGCUCAGUUUUCUAGUUGGAAGAAUGAUAGGCCCAAACCAGCCACUCUAGAAGGCCUCUUUCAGUAUUGAUAUUUGAAGCUGCUGGGACUUCCUGUGGCAUUAAGCAUACAGCCAAGAUUCUGUGAGAUGUUGUUACUGUGUGUUGUUUUAGUUGGGAGAUCUGAGAGACCUGGCUUUGGCAAGAGCAGAUGUCAUUUCACAACACCUUUCUUAAUGAAAGAGCCUCAUUCCAGCCUCUUUUAGAACCCCUUCCCCAACAUUUGUUAGCAGUUCCAUCUCCUGAUGUGGCACUUAAGCUCCACUUAGGUCACUUUGCACACAUUUGCAUCCACAUAUGGAGAAGAGGCAUCCAUAAGAAGUAGUUGAUAUAAGUCUUCUGUAUCCAUGGGUUAACACUGAGAAUAAGCUUUUGGAAUUAGGAAUGGGGCAAAUGACUGAGCCUUGUCUUACCGGUGAAUCACCCUUUACUGAAGGAGAUGGUAGUGCAGUAGAGAGUUGAAUCCAAGAAGUUUCAAACCUAACUAUACCUUUUGGCUACUGAGACAAGUGUCCAUUGGAGUAGUAGUUGGUAUGAAGAAGUUAUAUCAAAGGAGGAAGAACCCAUAUUUAAAAGGUUAUAACAACAACAACAACUGGUGGGUCUCUUGUCUGAGCUCCUGGAACAAGGUUUCUGGGCCUUUGUAUGUGGGGAGAACCUGUCCAUGAGAUAGCAAAGUGCAGUGAGUUCUGGCCUCAUGUGGGGUGAACACCUAAAUAGUAUUUUGGCAUCAGCACAGCUCCAAAAGGUUAUUUGUGCUCAGCUCCUCUAGAGAUAAUUGUUUAAUCUCAGGGUUCGUGGACAAUAAUGGGAAGCUUUGAACAUUCCUGACAAGUUGUCACAUAAAGAGUCCGUUCUUCACCUCUCAGAUUUUCUUAGGCCAUCCACAACUUCAAGAUUCUUCUCUUUCUUAAGCAUUCUUGGUUGAAAUGACUUAAGUGCCUUCCUGACUUCCCAACCACCCCUUCUGCUUGAGUUGUGCAACAGUGAAUUAAAUGUGCUUUCCAAAAUGAAUGGACCUAAGCCUGCCCUGUUCUUCCUGUGUUGUUCUUUCUGUUUUCUUUGGGUUGAAAAGAGUAAGUGUCAUCGCCUCCAAAAUGAUUAUUUUAGAACAAGCAUGUUUCUAAAUGUAACCAAAAGAUGAUUGCUACAGGAACUGAAUUUCACUCCAGAACCCAGAGUUUUUCUUUAAACUUUAAUAACAUUUUCAGUAGGUUAUCACUAUUCUAAGAGUUAUAGUUGUUUUGCUUUUUAAUUGGGGAUUUUUUUGGAACAUGUACUUCAGUAGAACAGACUGUCAGUUUAGCCCAGGUUUUGUUUGCAGGAGGCAUACAUUAGUACAAGAAAAGCUUAAUGGCAAUUACUUAUAGGAUCAUUUAAAUGCCCAAAUUUAUUUCAGGAUUUGGAACUCAGAGUGUGGUCUAGGACCAGUGGCCUUCUGUAUCAUGUGGAAGUUGUUAGUAAUGAAAAUGCACAGGCCACACCCCAGAACCACUAACUCAGAAAAUGGGUUAUUUUCUGAGUGGGGCUCAGCAUUCUAUGUCAAAAUGGGCUCAGCCCUAUGUCAAAUGGGUUAUUUUCUGAGUGGGGCUCAGCAUUCUUUUUCAGUAAGUCUUCCUGGUGUUCCUAUUGCAUACUCUAGUUUAAGAACUACUGACAUAAAGAGUCACAUACCUAUCCUUCUGGCUUAAUAUGUUUGCAGUAAAUCAGCUCAGUUACUAAAAAUUAUGAACAUAUGAAAAUUAUGAACAUAUGAACUAUGAACAUAGUUUAGCUGGUAGGUUAAGAAAACCUGAUAUUUACCCACAUAGCUUUGAUCCAUUUUCCAAGUUAAGUGAUCAAAGGCUUCUUAGGUUCACUCUCAGCCACUAAUGUCCAUGAAAAACUAAAAGAAGUAAUAGCUCAAAAAUCACAGGGGGAAAACUCCAACUAAUAAGAUCCUUGGCAGGCAUCUAAGAAGACCUUUUGUUCAUAGGUGAUGGGAUCAAUAUCUUCAUUAUUUGCAUUAUCAUUCUAUAGGAUAAGACUUAGAAUUUGUAACUUCACUUUGUUUUUUAAAAUGUAUUGCGCCUCCACAGUGUGGGAUUGAAUUACUCUACAGAACACUCUUAAUCUUUGCCUCUGAGUCUUGCAUUCCUUACAUAAUGUACAUUUUUAAAAACACAUUACACUGCGUGACAUCAUCAAAA